CUCCGAGUCGGUUUGCAGAUAUUUUAGCUCGGGCUGACUCGCGAUAACUCGAGUUGCCCAUCGCUAAUUUGUUAGUUUGUGUUGCACGCCCAGUCACAACGGAGACGCGUGCCACGCGCAUUCAUGGAUGGUGACAGCUGAUGGCUCGACCGUCUGGGUAGUGGCCACACUGCUGUUCGUAAAAUUCGUGUUUAUAAAGUGUUUAAAAUAUGGAAAUUGAACAAAGUGCAUAUAUUAAUGAAAAAAGUGACGAAGAAAUAGCGAAAGAAAAUGAAGGAAGAAAAGAAAAAAAAAGAGAACGAAAUCGAGAAUACCAAAGGGCAUGGCGUCAGCGUAAAAAAGAUUUGAAGAAAAAAGUUUUGACGGAAGAGAAAAUAGAAGAAAAAAGAAAAAGACAUCGUGAGAAUCAAAGGGCAUAUUAUCAACGUACAAAAGGUUUAAAGGAUAAUGACAAAAAUGUAGCAGAAUUGUGCCAAAAGAAAUUGGAUUAUUUGCAAAUGAAAAUAAAGAAAUUGGACAGUAAUGAAGACCAAGAGAAUAUUGUGCUCGAACAAAAUGAAUUCAUCACCCAACAACUUCGUAUAUGUGAAGAGAGUCACGAAUGCAUUACCCCCAAAGUCAUUCUACACAGAACAACAGAUAUUCCAGGUGAUGGUAAUUGUCUUUUCCACUCACUCAUACGUGUUCUGCAACUUCAAAUUUCGACUUGUGAUUUAAGAAGACAGUUACGUGAUUUACCUUAUUUUAACUCCUGCCACAAUCCACAGGAAGCAUAUAAGAUACUCUCAAGUAACAAUGAAUAUGGAGACUUGGAUUGUUUAUACUUGUUUGCAAAAAAUUACAAUCAAAAUAUUUGUGUGCAUUACCACUAUUUCAACGUAAAUUCAAAAAAUGAAGACACUCGCUUCUGUCAUUUUAAAGCAAACGAUACACAUAAUUGGAUUCAUCUUGAUCUUCGUGAGAUGCACUUUACGCCUUACUUAUCUGAUGAUGAAAAGAAGAAAGAAGAUGAAAGAAAUCAAAAGCAGAAAAACAAAGAAUAUUCUAAGCGGUAUCGAGAUAAAAAAAGAACAUCAAAAUUACUAACAGGCUCGUCCGCCAGAGUUGUGUUGGAUGUACAACCAGUCAUUAAUACUUCACAAAUUGCAGGCCCGUCCACCGGAGGUGUGCCAUAUGUUCCACCAGUUAUCUGUAGUUCCCAAAAUGCAGAUUUAUUGUCGAGAGAUGUAACUUCAAGUCUAUCAAUACAUUCUAACUACAAUUCUAUCGAAGAUAAAGUGCGUCAAAGGCAUUUUCGUUCUCAAGUUGUAGAAUCAUCUCCACCUUAUAUACAUCUUCAAACAUAUUCUGCUUUUCAAGAAAAUUCUUCUGCUCAUCGACAAUUUGAAAAUGAUUUUGUUGAAAAUGAAUUUGGUCAUGCUUGUGACAUUUGUGACAGACUGUGGUUUAGAAAAGAUUUGAAAUAUUUGCUAAAUAACGAUGCAACUCCAAACAUUGAAUUUAUAAGAACAUUGCUCUCAAACAUUGCUAUACUGAAAAUAAAAAUAUGUUCGACUUGCUUUACAGCCAUUCAAAAGGAACGUAUCCCACCACUAUCAGCUUACAAUGGAUUCAAAUAUCCACCACUUCCAGACUGUCUUAAAGACUUUCCUUUGGACUUGGUAACUGAAAGACUAAUAUCGCCAAGGAUUCCAUUUAUGCAAAUUCGAAGGCUUCGGCACGUUUACGGUCAAUAUGGAAUAUACGGGCAGGUGAUAAAUGUUCCGAUUGAAGUAAACACAAUGGUGCAUCAGUUACCAAGACAAGUGGAGGAUGAUCAUGCUAUAACAGUUCACAUUAAAAGGAAAAAAGUUCACAAAUCUAGCUACGUGUAUGGUAUAGUGACCAAGAGAAAAAUAAAAGUGUGGUUACGAUAUUUAAAAGAUACUCCUCUUUACAAGUCCUACGGUGUUUUAGUUGAAGAUGGUUUUUUGAAUGAUAGAAGUUAUGACGUUAAAGAUGAAAUCAUCUUUGAUGAAGAUGGCGACAAUGACAUUUCAGAACAAAUACCCAUCGAGGAAAGUUUAAUUGCACAGCAGCAAACAUUGAUGUGGAACGACGAUAUGUACUUGAGAAUCGCUUCAGGCGAAGGUGAUGUUCCAAGAAGUUUGCUGUUUGAUGAACAUGCUGAAGAAUUAUCGUUUCCACAAAUAUAUUUGGGGCAAUUCAGAGAAUUUAGGGAUGCGGUCACACCCUUCAUGAUGGCUACGAGUGAAUUAAGGAGAUCUGAUAGACGUGGAGUAACCCCUCAACACUUGUUGUACAUGGCUAUGAAAAUAAUGAGAAUUAGAAUUAAGGACUCUCUUCAUAUUUCAUUCAAGCAUGUCGGCCAAGGUAUUGCAAUAACUAAAGAGCAAAUACAAUCUGAUGAUUAUAUUCACGGCUGCAUUGAAACUAAUUUGGCAUUCCUUCGUUCUAUUCCGAAUUCAGCAUACUAUUGGGCAGAAAGGAAAAGAGAUCUUUUUGCUAUGAUUCGUCAAUACGGUAAGCCAACUAUUUUCUUUAGCAUAAGUGCUAAUGAAAUUGGAUGGCCUAAAUUAUUACAAUUGUUGCAUAAUUUAAAAAAUAAUGCGAAAAUAUCGGUUGAAGAGGCUGCAGAUUUGCAUUUUAUUGAGAAAAGCACUCUUAUUAAUGAAGAUGCCGUAACAUGUGCUAUAUACUUCAAUAAGUUAGUCGAAAUUAUUUUAAAAAUAUUACAAUCAAAAAGGCACAGUCCUUUCAAAAAAUACAGGAUUUUGCAUUACUUUAAAAGAAUUGAAUUUCAUCGAAGUAGUCCACAUGCGCAUAUUUUAGCUUGGUUAGAUAAUGCCCCAGAAGACGCCCUUAACACAGAUUAUAAUGAAGCUAUCGAUCUUAUCGAUUUUCUGAUAUCAGUAUCUGCUGCCGAGGCUUCUGGUGAUAUCCGAUUACAAACUCAUAAGCAUACUUCUACUUGCUAUAAAGCAUCGAGACGACAACAAAAAUGUAGAUUUGAUGCUCCGUUUAUGCCAGUUAAGAAAACCAUGAUUCUGACGCCAAUGCCAGAUACAGAAAAUGGUUACCAACAGUACAAGGCUAAAUAUAAUUCAAUCCAAAAAAACUUGGAAAAUUACGAAUACAAUGGUUUUCAAUCUUUCUAUGAUGAACAUAAUAUUGCUUCAGAUUACGAAUAUGUCAACAUUAUUCGAGCAGGAAUUAAUAGACCACAAGUUUUUCCAAAACGUGAACCAUGUGAAAAGUGGAAUAACCCAUUUAAUCCCUUCAUAUUCAACGUUGUCAGAUCCAACACUGAUUUCCAAUUUAUACCUGAAGAAUAUUCUUGUGCAGCUUACGUGGCGGAAUAUGUUAACAAAACUAACAGAGGUGUUAGCAAUUUACAAAGACAUAUAAUUGAAAUAAUGGAUGAACAUCCUGAGUUUAAUUUAUAUGACAUUACUAAAAAUAUUAGCAUUAAUCUUUUGAACCACACUGAAAUGACGAGUCAAGAGGCUGCAUGGUAUUUAUUGAGAGAACCAUUGUCAAAAAGUUCAACUGUUAUUGUCUAUAUACCAACCAUUAGGCCAGUCGAAAGGCAUAGAAUAAAGAAGACAAUGAAAGAGUUAAGUGAACUAGAAGAUGAUUCAACCGACAUAUGGAAGGAAAAUUGGUUCGACAAGUAUGAGAAAAGAACUGAAGAUUUAGCAGGUGUUUCCCUUGCUCAAUUUGUUGCUAAUUAUAAAAAUAACAAGGGUGACUAUGUACUCAGGGAAGAACCAAAAGUUAUACGAUAUCGCAAUUAUGAUAUGGGUACAGACUACAAUGAGUAUCGGAGAGAAAUGGUUACUUUGCACCUUCCGUUCCGUAAUGAAGAAUCGGAAAUACUUGCAGAAUCGCGAUAUCUUCAGUUAUACGAAGAAAAUGAGGCACUUAUUCUAGAUCGAAGAAAAGAGUUCGAAUCAAAUCUUGACAUCGAAAAAACAUUGGAAAUCUGCAGGAAGCUAAGUCGUGAAUAUGUUUCCGAUGAUGGAGAGGAGAUAAACGACGUCGUUGGUGGAAUUCCUAAUGAAAAUCCAUUUGCUGAAUUAUAUCACAAUCCAAACGCAGAUUUAAAUGAUGAUUUACGGCUUGGGUUGUUUGAGGUGGACCCGAAGCUUCUUAUAACUUGCCGAUUAUGUUUAGAUGAAAUGGGCCAGUAUCAAAUUGUUCCAAAUGUACGAACACAAAUAAAGUUCUGUUUUGAUAUAGAUGUCGAUCCCUUGGAUGGUUUACCUCAGUUGAUCUGCAAAAGGUGUGAGACUAUUUUGUCUGACUUCCAUGAAAAAAAGAAAACCUAUCAAGAAAAGCAACUCGGUCUUAAAAAAAAUGCAAAGCCCAAUUGUAUUGUGACAGCACCUUUACAACAGCAGGAUACUGUAUCAUCAACAAAAUCUACUGUACCUGAAACAAAUACUCAACAAUCAUUAAAGUUGACUUUAAAGAAGAAACCAAAAUCCCCAGAAACAAAUUUAAAUGAAUCUUUCGAAAUAAAAAGUGAUACUAAAACAGUACGACCUUGGCGUAAAAAUUACAAUAAGCACUUCGCGUGCAGAUUAUGCGAAGUCGUUUACAAGAAUAAACAGAUUCUUAUGACACAUAUGAAGAAGCACAGUGCGUUGCAACAAAAAUAUGGCCACAUACUAAAGAAAUGUAAAAUUCAGCUGCCCAAAAUAGAUGAGAAAACUAAUUUCGUCAGCUCCGACGACAUGGUUGUUAUGGGUAAAGAUCAAAUUCUGCUAAACAAAUAUGAUCAAUACCGCGUGGUAUACCUAAAAAAUACUUCAGGCUUACAAGAGAAAAAAGAUUCUUCAGAAUCCUUAGAUUACGACGAUUUCAUCACUAACGGAAAACGUAAAAGAUUAAGGCUACUUUCUCAAAGCUCCAAUGAAACAGUUGUAUUGGAAGAACCAAAAAAGAAUGAUGAAUUAGAAACACCGGGUUGCAGUAAAAAUAAAUUACAAAAUAAUGUUAUAGAAUGUAUAGAUAUUGAUUCUUCAGAUCCAGAGCCACCAAGUCUCAAUAAUUAUGAAGGUCGUAAACAAGUGCAGGACAAUAAAAAUGGUGCUGAAACAGGUUGGAUUAUUGCGAGUGAACUAAACGGUUCAGACAGUAACACUUAUAUGGAAAAUUUACAAAAAUUACUAGAAAAUGAUGAGUUGCCAACUCCCGAUCAGAAUUCAACAGAAGAGACUACAGUGGAGCAAGUGCCUAAUGAUAAUGACGAUAAUAUGCUAUUAAAGCUUUUAAAGACAAGUCCCGUUGCGAAUCCCAAACAACUUCCAAAAAAGACCAAAGAGACUAUUAACAAAAGCGUUUCCUCUAGCGAUGCAAGUCUAUCUAUGCCCGUCAUCACAGACACAGUUUCCUUGGCCGAUACAGUAAGCGUUUCCUCUAGCGAUGUAAGAAUAUCUAUGCCCAUCAUUACAAACACCGUUUCCUUGGCCGAUACAGUGAUUGAUCCAGUGAAUGAUAAACCAAAGGAGCCUACACAAUUUGUACCGCGAAUAAAAGUAAAACCCGUCUCGCAGUUAAUGGCAGACAAAAGCACGACUAUAACUGACACCACACCAUCGCAAGUUGCUUGGACUAUACCAGAAAAACCUCAAAACCAAAUCGCUCAAUCGGGUGGUGAUGAAUACCGUUGAAUCGUCGCAAACAAAAACUCUCUCGCCUUUCAAAUACUUUUAAAAUCUGCUUCAAAUUCACGGUAUUAAUUUGUUGUGCAUUACCAGGCCGGUAUGCUUUUCUCUUGAAAUCUCGUGAAUUGAGACUGAAAAUGUUUUAAUAAAUGUACCUAUUGGUAAAAGCCAUAGUUUAGUUAUGCGUCUUAAAACGGGACGAUUAAUUUCUGUUAGCUGUCAAGUUGGCAUGUCAAAAACAAUUUUGACAUAAUAUCGCUGUUAUAAUAAAACUUUGUAUAUUU